GGCCCUUACAAAAACAACUUUGAUGUCAUUGAAUUAAAGCUUUUUCCCUUCAGUGAGAGAUUGGGAAGGAUUUAAUCCUCACUAAAUACACUACUUGUCCGCGAUUUUCGCCGAAAGCUUGUUUGAUUGCGCCUUAGGCUUGUUUGUAUGUUCUUACAUGCCAAAGAAAGCUUUCUGGUUUAGGACCGUGCCAAGAUUUUCUAACAUUGAGCUUUUCACGGCUGUAAGUGCAGCCACUUUGUGGCUUUAUAUACCGCUUACCUUUACUGGGUCAGGCUCCGAGUUAGACUUUCAACUUCUAGGUAGAGAAGGUGAUAGUGGACGUCAUGUUUGGACGAGUUCCCUGGUAACUACUUUCAUGUUAACAUGGCGGCGAAACAGCGCGUGAUGAUCACUGGAGCUUCUGGUCUCCUUGGUCGGGCGAUCAUGAAGGAAUUCCUUAACUCUGACAAAUGGGAAGUGUUAGGACUAGCUCAUUCUCGAGCUAAGAACGUUCUGAAAAAGGUUGAUCUCCUUGAUUUUGACGAAAGUAAACGAGUCGUAAAGGAGUUCAAACCUCAUGUUUUGAUUCACUCUGCGGCCGAAAGAAGACCAGACAUUGUAGAGAAUGACGAGAGAAUGUGCACAAAAAUGAAUGUCGGUGUAACCAAAGCACUGGUAGAAACCAUCAAUGAGCUCAACAGUGACAGGGAGACUCCAGACCACUUCAUGCUUUAUAUAAGUACAGAUUAUGUGUUCGAUGGAACAAGUCCUCCGUACAAACCGCUGGACGAACCUAACCCGUUGAACAAGUAUGGUAAAAGCAAGCUGGAGGGAGAACAGAUUAUGCAUCACAGUGAAGGAGCGAUUCUUCGGGUUCCCAUCUUGUACGGGGAUGUGGAAUAUCUUAAGGAAAGCGCUGUAACGGGUGUGUAUACAGUAUUAUAUUAGGAUUGUAUUGCAUAAUUGUUUGGGCUAAACUGCAAAAUACGCUCCCACGUGCCGUGCCAUCUGAUUUCACCCCAGUGAAUAAGAGGAUUGUCCAUUAUUCUUUACCUCAUUCUUCUAAGCUCAGCAACAAUGUGGAGGAGUAUCAUGUAGUUUCCCCAUAAUUUCCCCUAGGGACAGGCUGUGGAACAACAGCCCUCUCUCACGACCCAUGUAAGUUCUAUUGAACUUGCAUCAAAUCAUAUGGAGUGCACAGGGAAUUAAGGUGACUCUGUAUUGAUCAGGUAACCAGGCUGGCUCAGAUAGUGGGAUAAAUGGUGUCUUCUGUGCAUUGGGUUAAUUUCAAAAUUAACUGUUGUGAAAUGACAGAGUUGAGUUCAGUUACUUACAAGGUAUCAGUUACAUACUAGGGUAGAAUCUCUGAGUCUCUUGUUUUAUGAUUUGUUGAGGAGCCAGCUUAACCCAGUAUAUUACAGUAAUUUCUGUCAAUUUCCCCACAUGGCAGAUUACCCACAUUGGUCAAUUUUUGCAAUAACUAGAAAAAAAUUUCAACAGAUUACCCGCACUGGCAGAUAACCUGCACCCAAAAAAAAAAGAAAAUUAUCGACUUGCACAAAGUUCCUUUAUUGUUUUUGUUGACGUGAUAUCCCUUAGCGUUCAAAAAAUAAAUUUUCACACUUUUUAUCUUCGCUAUUUCACUGAGAAUGAUGCCACUUGUAAAAAUCUGUUCUAAAAAAAAUCAAUAUCUCAAGAUCUAUGAGUUGAAGAAAUCACUUGAAAUGGGAAAUUACUCUUUAACUCAAGGCAAUGCUAGCCAAGAAAAUUUCACUGAUGUGUUGAAAAUUCUGUUGCGUCAUUAAUUAUGCUGUGCCAUGAAAUGAACAUGUCAGCUUUUUCACAAUUAAAUUCUUUUAUUUUCAAGUUCACUUCCCAAGUAAGUGACAUUUGUUUUUUGAAAUUAAAAAAGAAACAAUCUGUGAAAUUGACAAGGUAGGAAAGUAAGAGUAUAAACAAGAUAAAAGUUUUGUUGUCAAGUUUUGUAUGUUUUUCAUUUGCAUAGGCUUUCAUCGAGAGCAUUGAAAUCUAUGGUUAUAACAAGCAAUCUGUGCAAAAUAAAUGAGUUAUUACAGUUUUUGAAGAGUAUAUCCAGUGGAUCUGAUCAUCUUUGGUUUUUCCCUGGUUAUAGUUUUAAAACUAUACCAGAAGCUUUAAAAAUUACCAUACUACCAGCACCUUCCUAUAACCUGCAUUAACAACUGUUUGUGGAAAAAUUAACAGAUUACCUGCGGGUAAUCGGUGGGAAAUUACUGUACAUGCAGCCCUUGAUUUUAGAAAAUAAUCUAAAUUCUGUCUGGAAAAGAUGUGCUCUUCAAAUAUCAACAAUACAUAGCUCUCUUACAUCAGGACAAGGCCAUGAAACCCUUAACCCUUUAACUCGCAAGAUCUGAUUGUUAAUUCUCCCCUGUAGCUGCAACACAUUUCCUUGUAAAUUAGUUAUGAGAACUUGGUGCUAGAUCAAGAUAGCAGCUUCUACCUGAUAAGUUUGAAUAUUCUUGUCUCCUGUUAGCUGAAGAAUGUAUGGAUUUUGUAGGGAGAAGUUUUAUGUUAGUCACUUCUGGAAGUUGAAGGGUUAACACAUACAUCCACCAAAUACAAACUUUAAACACCCAAGUUUUAUCAUGAUUGCCAGGCUGCCAGGCUGAAGUGUUAACUUGUGCAAAUUUCUCACCUGGUUCACUGUUAUAAUCUUGUCUUCAAAAUUGAGAUUUUAGUAACCAGGUUUUGUCCCCUACCUAAAUUAACACAUGAAAAUUAUUUCUGAGAGAAAAGGUGCACAAAUACCUUUCAUGACCAAAAAAUCAGCCCAAAAAAUCACCCUGGACUUAUACUUGAGUCAUACACAAAGACCUGACCUAAGCAAUCCAAGAAAUUAGCAUAGCAAUUGCCUGAAGUCUGUUAGGAAAACCGAGUUUACAAAACCAGUUAUAAUAGUGUUUGAAUUUCAUCAGUUUUCAGCGCAUUCUUCAUCAAUGAAAAAGUUUGAAAUAAUAAAUUCUAAGUGGCUUAAACACAAACAUAUUGGAGUUGAUUCCUAUUGUGUCUUCUGAUCUGUAGAGUAGACAUUUUUUCUUACAGCUUCACUGCUGUUUAUGGUGCUGAACUUUUGUGUUCAUCAAAUGAAUACAGUAGCUCAGUGACCUGGCAAAUGCUGUUGUCUUGCACAGUCUUGUUUGUUAUGCAUAAUCCUUCAAAGCUCUUUGGUGUUCCUUCAUUCUACUAAAUCUCCUCGCAAACUUAACAUUAAAAUAAAGGUUAGUUUUAUGUAAGAAGAUUUCAUUUUCAAUGUGAUUUACAAAAUAUGGUGAAAUACUUCUCAAGUGAAUGGUAGUGCCCAUGUAUGCUUAAAUCGUGGUGAUAUAAUUGAGGUGCUAAUAAACUUCACAGCACAUGAUUACAUUUUUCUUUGCAAAUUUUUUUUAACCCUUUAACUCCCAUGAGUGACCAAGACAGAAUUUCUCCUUACAAUAUCAAUACAAUAUCAACCAGAUAAGUGAUGAGAAUUAAGAAAAAUAUAAAUUUGGGAAUGAUUAGUUGAUCCAAUACUAAACUCUCUGAACUUAUAUUAUAAGAAUUGUAUGGUUGACAGUAAGGAGAAUUACAAAUUUGAUCUGGGAGUUAAAGGGUUAAUUCGCACUGUUUUCAAUACAUUCUCAGAAAUAAGAGAUUAACAUUUUGAGAAAUUUCUAUUGGUCUGAAUUUUACUUCUUUAACUAGAAAUGAUGAAAAAUCUGAUUUUUGACCUUGUAAAUGGGGGGGUGACUAUUACACAAGUUCAACUUAUACACUAGUGAAUACAGUAGUUGAGAUCUAACAGUCUUAGAAUCUCAGUUGGCUUGUUCACAAGGUUCAUGAAGAGCCUUUUAGGCAUGUAAAGUUCUGAAGGGGUUCUGCAAGCCAGAAAAUUGUACUCUUAUGUAAAGAUUGGUAUAAUUUAGAAUUUGGUCAGACCAUUUUAAAGUGGACAUGACCACUUCAGCAGAAUAUUGAAACUCAAUUUACUUUGACUUUAAGGUGAUUUGUGAUGCUGUUAUGCUGUGAGUGUAUCAGCCUUGCAGCUUAGUUACUCAGAUUGUCCUGUGCCAUAGUGUGCAAUAUGUUUAUACCUUCCGUUAUAUCUUGGCACGAUGGGCAGUCAGAGCUUUUAUAUUCUAAUCUCAAGGUGCUGGCAUUUUGACAGAGUGAACAGGCAUUCUUAUAUUUCUCUUUCACAGAACUGUUUUUGAUACUACAGAACUCCUGGUUUAAAAAAAAAAAUAUAUAUAUAUAUAUUUGUUUCAUGGUCUUGAAUUGCUUGUGUUUUUCUUUGUGUUGUGCUUUGCCAAAAGUUGUGCUUUGCUGAGAUGUGUUUCCUUCCCUUUAUCUAAUUCAUGUACUUAUGAAUUUGUCAAACAUAUAUCUAAUUUAGUAAAUUUCACUUAAUUGCUUUCAUUACCUGGAGGAGAUUAAACUAUUUAUUUAUCACAAUUGCAGUGUUAUUUGAUGCGGUCAAACAGACGGAUAAACCUGCCGUAAUAGACGAUUAUCAAAUCCGUUAUCCAACCCUGGUGGACGAUGUUGCUGCUGUGUGCAAAUUUAUCGCAGAAAAGCACGUCAAUGAUCAUACAAUGACUGGAAUUUGGCAUUGGAGUGGCAUUGAAGCCAUGUCAAAAUAUUCCAUGGCUUGUCAAAUGGCUGAAAGUUUUAAUUUACCUAUCAGUCACUUGACACCAAAUCCCAACCCUCCCACAGGGACACCAAGGCCUCAUAAUACAGCCCUUGAGUGUUCGAAACUGGAGGCUUUGAUGCAAGAUAGUGGAACGAGCAUGCGCACUCCGUUUAAGCAAGGAAUGACACGAUGUUUGCAACCAUUUGUGUAACCCUUGAAAGCUGGGGGCAAUUUUGAAAGGGAAAAAAGAUAUAUGUAAUAUGAAGAGAGUACAACGGUGAUAAUAAACCUUACUAAAGCAAAGAGACAAAUAAAUGGACGAGAAUUUCGAGAUGCUUGCAAAGUAGCUAAUUCUGUUUCCUUUUGGGAAAGCAGGAGGGUCAUGAGUUACGCGGGGGUCACGCAGUACAACGCGCGCGAAAGUCGCCUUUCUCGUGGCGACGUGAUGUAAUUGAAACGAUACUUGGGAUAUUAACUUGACACUCAAAGUGACAAUAGUUAUAAUAUCCAAGUUAUUUCACUAUGAUUUCAUUAAAUAAUCGCGCCAAGUGUCAUACCCAAACGAAUGAUCCUCGUUAGCAUGCGCUGUUGUACUAAGCGCAAGUGUUUUUUUUUAAAUCGGCAGCUGGUUUUACAAAGGUUAUAGCGCC